AUGGAGAAGAACGAUUCAACAACUCUGGUGGACGAACGACAGGAUCAUGACUCCAUUCCUGGAUCCGAGAAGAGCGACACAUUUGCGAAGACGGACGAAGACAAGCAGGCAGUGGAGAUGAUCACGCCAGCCGAAGCCCACGCACCCACAACCGCCGCACCACCGAUGAAGGAUGGCGGUACUCGCGCCUGGCUACAAGUCGCAGGAUCCUUCCUCGUCUUCGGAAACCUCUGGGGCAUGUCCUUCGCCUUCGGCUCCUUCCAAUCCUUCUACGAAACCUCCUACCUCCCCACCCUCCCCGCCUCCACAAUCUCCUGGAUCGGAACCGUAACCAUCUUCCUCCUCAUCCUCAUCGGCGUCAUCUCCGGCCCCCUCUUCGACCUCGGCUACUUCCGCACAAUGCUCAUCACCGGCGCCCUCAUCGAGACCCUCUCCGUCUUCCUCGUCUCCGUCUCCUCCUCUUACUACCAACUCAUGCUAACCCAAGGCGUGCUCAUGGGCCUCGGUAACGGCCUGCUCUACCUCCCCGGCUUGGCCCUCGUUUCCCGCUCUUUCAAACGAAACCGCGCUAUCGCAAUGGGAAUUACCACCUGCGGCGCUCCGAUUGGAGGUAUUAUAUAUACUCUUGUCUUCGAACAACUCAUUUCCCGGACAUCUUUCGGCUGGACCGUCCGCGCUAUGGGAUUUAUCAUGCUGGGAACAUACCUCCUCUCCUUCCCGCUCCUCCUCUUCCGCGCUACGAAUCUGGGAGAUCUAGCGGCAGGCGGUGCUCCGAGGAAACUCUUCGACAAAACUGCCCUGCGAGACGCUCCGUUCUGGGCGUACGCUUGGUCGAACUUUUUCAUCUUUUGCGGAUACAUGGUCCCUUUUAUUUUCAUCCCGUCUUACGCCCAGCAGAAUUUGGGGACGUCGAGGAGUUUUUCCCUUUACAUAUCUAUUAUUGCUCAAGCGACCAGUAUUGUUGGUCGGCUUGUUGCUGGACUCUCCGCUGCUAAGAUUGGCGGUAUGAUUCCUUGGGUUGUCUGUGUGGUUUCCUCCGGUGCGCUAUGUUUGGGGUGGAUCGGCGCUACAUCCGUUGGAUCGUUCGUCACUUUCGCUGCGCUUUAUGGUGCUUUUAGCGGUGCGCUCAUCCCCCUGCCGCCGAGUGUAUUCCCGCAAGUCUGUCCGGAUCCAAAGGUCUUCGGCGCGAGACUUGGUAUGGCACAAGGGAUUGGAAGUGUGGCGAGUUUGAUUGGGCCGCCGAUCGCGGCUGCGUUGGCGGAGGUAUGGACCUUGGGCGCAGUUCGCAGAGGAAUGAAAUACCUUGGCACCCGGCAGUGUAUCGGCACAUGA